AUGUCGAUCUACUAUUCCAUCUUGUUCCUGGCCAUAAUCGGGGCCGGCGCCAUCUUUGCCGGCACGAAUCCCGCAUACACCCCGUACGAGCUGGCGCAUCAUUACAAGACGUCGCGCACCAAGUUCGUGCUCACCGAGCCGGAUCUUCUGGCUGCGGUGCUGGCCAGCGCUCAAGAAACCAAAAUUCCGCCGUCGAACAUCUACAUCUUCGACACCGGCAGCACCAGUGAAAGUCAGACCAUCCCCAUCCCGUCGGGAUUCGUGUCCUGGAAGACCCUGCUGCUCCAUGGCGAGGCCGACUGGGUGCACUUCGACGACGAACACGUCUCCAAGUCCACCACGGCCGCCCGUCUGUACAGCAGCGGCACCACGGGUCUGCCCAAGGCGGCCGCGCUCAGCCACUACAAUCUGGUGGCGCAACAUACCUUGGUCAACGAGACGCAUCCAGUGCCACAUGAGAUCCGCCGCCUGAUCUACCUGCCCAUGUUCCACGCGGCCACCGUGCCCGUGUGCCACACGACGCCCCUCCGCUCCGGCGACGAGACCUACGUGCUGCGACGGUUCGAGCUGGAGCCGGUGCUGGCGUCGAUCCAACGCUACCGCAUCACCGACCUGGCCGUGGUGCCGCCCGUCGUGGUGGCCAUGCUCAAGUUCCCGGGCCGCGAGAAAUACUCGCUCAAGUCGAUCAAGGCCGUCUUGUGCGGCGCCGGCUCGUUGGACAAGGACACCCAGAGACAGAUGCAAGCGUUGCUCGGUCCUGACGUCCCGUUGACCCAGGUCUGGGGCAUGACUGAGACCAGCUGCGUCGCUUCUCGCUUCUAUUAUCCCGAGCACGACGACUCUGGGAGCGUGGGCAGGAUGAUCCCGAAUCUGGAUGUCAAGCUCAUCGACGACAACGACAACGACAUCACAGGCUUCGACCGGCCCGGCGAACUGUGCAUCCGCGGGCCGACCAUCAUCACCAGCUACUUCGACAACGCGGAGGCGACGCGGGCGUCGUUCACCGCGGACGGCUACUUCAAGACCGGCGACAUCAUGUCAUGCGACGCCCGCACGCGCAAAUGGUACAUGGUCGACCGUAAGAAGGAGCUGAUCAAGGUCCGCGGCUUCCAGGUCGCGCCGGCCGAGAUCGAGGGCGUAUUAUUGUCGAAUCCUAAGAUCCUGGAUGCUGCCGUUAUUGGCGACGCUGAUCUACACGCCAAGCUCCAAGAACUGCCUAGAGCCUAUGUCGUGCGGAAACCGAACUUGUCGGAGAAAGAUCUGGACGAACAGGCCGUCAAGGCCUUCUGCAGCGACCGUCUGGCCAAGUACAAGGAGCUGACGGGCGGAGUGCGCUUCGUCGACGCCAUUCCCCGCAACGCCGCCGGAAAGCCGCUGAAGCGCAUUCUGAGAGAGUGGGCCAAGGCUGAAGCAGAUGUGAAGACGGAGGGGGCGAGAUUGUAG